UCACCCAUCAAAAAGCUAAAGUAAACCCCAACCCCCCAUCAUUCACUCUCUCUCUCCCUUUCAUUCUGUCCGUCCAUCUCUCAAACCCAGCUUCUUCUGUGACACCCAUAGAGAAUUUUAGAAAAACUAAAACCAAUAGCCAAACCAAAACCAAAACAAUGACCGAUUCAUAGGUCAACCUAAAAAAAAAAAGAAGCAAAAGAAAACACAUUCACACAAAAACAAAACACAAUCUUCAAACACUUUCAUUUGUGGAAUAUACCCCAAUUUGUCCCCAACACACAAAAAACCCUUUCACACCUCCAAAAAAAAAAAAAAAAAAAAAAUCUAUCAAUCAAUCUCGUUGAAGCUCCAGAACCCAGUUCAGCUCUUCCUUACACAAACCUAGAUCUAUGUUCUCUAUCCUCAAUACGAUAUCGUUUCGUUUCAGAUCCAGUUUAUAAAUUUUAAAAAAAAAAGAGAAAAAAAAAAAAAAAGAAAAACAAUGGAUAUAGAUGAUUUCAGAACGAUUCUAGAGAGUUCAGGUGUGGAUGUGUGGACGUUUAUAGAGACGGCGAUUUCGGUGGCGUCUAUGGAUUAUGGUAGCGAGUUGAAGCAACGGAGAGAUGGGAUCGUUGAGAGGCUCUACGCUGCGACGGCGUCGUUUCAGUCUCGCUGUCAGAAUUGCGAUGAAGAUGACGGUGAUAACGGUAACGCCGUUAAUCUCAAUCGGAGACAACAGAAUAGUAAUAGUAUUGGUAAUGAAGCGAAGACGACGACGGAGACAGAGACGACGGCGGCGGCGGCGGCGGUGAGAGAUGACGACGGCAGCGAGGAUUUGGAUCCGUAUUGUGGUUUGUUCGAAGAUCAGCAAAAGAGGAUUCUCGAAAUUAAAGAACAUCUCGAAGAUCCUCAACAGACUGAGGAAUCGUUGGUUGAAUUGCUUCAAACUCUAGCUGAUAUGGAUAUUACAUUCCAAGAGCUAAAGGAGACUGAUAUAGGGAGGCAUGUGAAUCGAUUGAGAAAGAAUUCAUCGAAUGAUGUGAGGAGAUUGGUGAAGCUGCUAGUCAGGAAGUGGAAGGAUAUUGUGGAUGAAUGGGUGAAGUUGAAUCAACCUGGGGAACACACUUCCUCUGCUUUAAUGGCUGAUGGAGACUCACCUCAGCAGAAAGUUACUCAAAAUGGUUAUCACCAGGUUCCUGAUUUUGCAUACUCUCCAAAUCCACACAAUGGGAGUUCUGGGUCAGAUAAGUAUAAUUCAGAAUCUGAGCCAAAGCCGAAAGUGAUUCCUCGGAAAGAAGCUCCUCCUGCUAGAGCAGCACCUGUAUCUGCCUCAGCACAUCAAAAUAGACAAAGAGAACAACAAAAGGAUGUUGACUCUGAAAAACUGGCUUCAGCAAGAAAAAGGCUUCAAGAGAAUUACAAGGAAGCUGAAAAUGGUUCACUUAUUUUCUUUUCUGCUUCUACUCUAAUUUUACUGGAUUCAUCAAUUUGGGCUUAUGCUGAAGCUGUUUGUGUUUGUGUGUUUUACUUUGGUGAAGCCAAAAGGCAAAGAACGAUUCAGGUGAUGGACAUCCAUGAGAUCCCAAAACCCAAGAAUGCCUUCUUUGGAAAGAACAAAGGUGGUAGUGGUGGCGGUUCUCACGGGAGGCACUGGUGACUGAAUACGGCAAAUCAUACAUACUAAAGGGUACAUGAUGGAGGCCGGAAAGGCCAAAACCGGUUGUGCCUCUUACAUUGUUUUUUGGAGUUAAGAAAACGAAAACAAUAACACUUUUUUUUUGUUAAUUUACUUAAUAACAAAAAUUAAAAUGACUUAUUUGGGAAUA